GUGUGACAGCACCCAGGCUUCCAGUCUCCAGUGUGACAGCCUUGAUUCCCCCUGUAGCCUGUGCGACAGCCUUGAGACAUCCAUCGCACAGCAUCAUUGCCCAGGAUCCUACAGCAUCUGACUACAGCCUGUGGGAGAUUCCCUUCGCCUUCUAGCCCUUCGCCUCAAAUUGCUCUCCUAAGGGCUGUGGAGGCAACCGCCAGUGCCUCUCUUUUCACCAUGUCUGACCAGAAGUUAUCAUUGGGAGCGGCCAUGUCCACUCUUGCUGCUGGCCCUCAAGAACUGAUGGUGUUGCGGGCCCCGCGGAGGAGCCCCAGCUACCUCUCUGAUCUGUACCAGAAUAUGCUGCGGGACGAACAAGCCCGGGGUGCGGAGCGGAAGAGGAGCCAGCCGCUGCACGGCAGCAACAGUGCCAGCCUUCUGACUGUCUCGGUCAGAGAGGAGAUGCAACAGAGACAUCCUCAGGGCACCACGGUUACAAGCUGUGACCCCCAUCUGAGGCCCAUCAUGCGCCGGCGGGCCAGGUCCUUGCCCAGCUCUCCAGAGAGGAGGAGGGGCAUGGCGGCACCGUGCCGUGUUGCAGGGUGCAGCACCCGCAGGAACCGUGUCCGGUUUGCAGAUGCUUUAGGCCUGGAGCUGGCUGAAGUGAAAGUGUUCCAGGCUGGGGAAGACCCCUCGAUCCCUCUGCACGUGCUCUCUCGGCUGUCCAUCAAUUCUGAUCUUUGUUGCAGCAGGCUGGACUUGGAAUUUAACAUGCAGUGCCUGGUGCCUGAGUUCCAGCAGCCCGCUGACUGUGAGGACUUCUCCAGCCGCCUGCAGCACCAGCGGGUGUGCCUUGAACGAGUGAGCAGCUCAGAUCUGGGCCUGAAUGGCACCAUCAAAGUGAUCAAUGUGGCCUUUGAGAAGCAGGUCACUGUGCGCUACACCUUCAACCACUGGAAGGGCCAGCAUGAAGUAAGCGCUCAGUGGCACAGCACUGUUCCCGGCCAGGAUGAGCGGGAGCAAGUGGAUGUCUUCACCUUCUUCCUUCCUCUGCCACCUUUCCUCCUCCAGCUUAGCUCAGUGGUUGAGUUUGCCGUAUUCUACCGAGUCAAUGGCCAGGAGUAUUGGGAUAGUAAUCAAGGCAAGAACUACAACCUCACAUGUAGGAGUCACCCACUGAAGGUGCCCAGAGAGUGUGAAGAGAGCUGGAUUCACUUCAUCUAAGCAGAACAAGGAAACAAAGAGCUAUUGUCUCUUCACAAGGUCUCUCCUUCCUGAGGCACCAAAGAAAUCCUUCAGAAUAAAAGAAUAACAAGUGAUAUGCACAAAAGUUAUUUAGAGAAGAAGGUUUUAUU